UCCCAAUCAAAGCAAACCAUGAAACUUGUCAAGGUUUUCUUGAUGUUGGCCUUGCUCAUGGCCUCGGCCAUCACUCUCUCUGCCGCAGCACCAUCUGAAGAAGAACCAUUCGUUGACAAUGACGAUGAUGCAAGCGAAGUAGCUGAUGAUCUUCUCCCGUCGGCAGACGGCCAAGAACAACCAACUUCUCUCCGAGGAACAAGCCGGUUUCUUGCUCAGAAACCUCGGGCCGUGAUGACAUGUAACAAGUACCCCAGAGUCUGCCGUGUGGCGGGCAGUCCGGGGCCUGAUUGCUGCAAGAAGAAAUGCGUGAACGUGAAGACAGACAGGCUCAACUGCGGGAUGUGUGGUAAGAAGUGUAAGUACUCAGAGAUUUGCUGCAAAGGGAAGUGUGUGAACCCAAUGUCCCACAAAAGACACUGCGGGGGUUGCAAUAAUCAGUGCAGCAAAGGAAGCAAAUGUUUGUAUGGGAUGUGCAGCUACGCAUAGAAACCAACUUCGGCAGACCUUCUUCAAGAAUUUUUGAUCAAAUGAUCAAGCUAGCAUAUAUGUUUAUGGCACAGGCAAUUGAAUUAUAGAUAAGGGUGAGCCAUCACAUUUCGGCGGAUUAAUUUCACCGGAUGUAGAUUUAUUUUUAAUUCAAUUAUUGCUUCAAUGAUUUCAUGUAUACAAUAUUCUUGGUACAGUAUAUAUGGAAUACGGAUGUAAUUAUUUAUAUAAUUUUUAAAUUUAAGUAGUAAAAUUGCUUUUUCUUAUAUGUAUCUAAG